UGUCGCUGCGGCGCAGCCUGAGCUACGUGGUCCAGGGCAUGGCGGACAUCGAGAGCCUCAACCUCAGCGGCUGCUACAACCUCACCGACAACGGGCUGAGCCACGCCUUCGUGGCGGAGAUCAGCUCCCUGCGCUCGCUCAACCUGAGCCUCUGCAAGCAGAUCACGGACAGCAGCCUGGGCCGCAUCGCCCAGUACCUCAAGGGCCUGGAGGUGCUCGAGCUCGGAGGCUGCAGCAACAUCACCAACACCGGCCUGCUGCUCAUCGCCUGGGGCCUGCAGCGCCUCAAGAGCCUCAACCUGCGCUCCUGCGACAACAUCAGCGACACGGGCAUCAUGCACCUGGCCAUGGGCAGCCUGCGGCUGUCGGGGCUCGACGUCUCCUUCUGCGACAAGGUGGGGGACCAGAGCCUAGCCUACAUCGCACAGGGCCUCGACGGGCUGCGCUCGCUGUCACUCUGCUCCUGCCACAUCAGCGACGAGGGCAUCAACCGCAUGGUGCGGCAGAUGCAUGGGCUGCGCACCCUCAACAUCGGCCAGUGCGUCCGCAUCACUGACAAGGGCCUGGAGCUCAUCGCCGAACACCUCAGCCAGCUCACAGGCAUCGACCUCUACGGCUGCACCCGCAUCACCAAGCGGGGCCUGGAGCGCAUCACCCAGCUGCCCUGCCUCAAGGUGCUCAACCUGGGACUUUGGGAAAUGACUGAGAGUGAGAAGGUCAGGUGAGAGGAGGAGGAGGGUGCCCCGAGACCUCCAUCUCCUCUGGAGGGACUCACUGACUGACUGACUGCUGCAGAGGAGGAGAGAAAGAGAGAGGGGCAUGCACAGAAACAUGCUACCCACGCACUCUGGCACCGCAGGGAGGAACACAGAGAGAGGGUCUGUCCUCGACCCUUCUGUGCUGCCUACCUAUCCUUGCUGUGGAGGAGGAGGAGAAGGAAGGGGGACCAGGAGGACAGAGAGAAAGCACCUAUCCAUUUUCCAGGUCAUGCCUCAAGUUCCAUGGUAGGGAUACAGAGCCCUCUCCCUUCCCACAGCAUCCUUCCCUGCGGAAGAGGUAGAAACCCACACUUAUGCACUGGGGCUAGAGACACCCCUCUUUAUCCCCACUCCCACAUUCCAUCCCCUCAAGCACUAAGGAUGGAUAAAGAAAGACCCUUGUUCUGCCAUGUAUUCAGAAUAGAUUAUUUUUGGUUUAUAUAAAGGACAGUGGAGAUGGGAACAAAAAAUAAGUUAACAGCAGCAAAGGCUUCCUAGCUACACUUGUGCACCCAGCCACCCAGUCAUGGGCACAGACCUGAGCUGGGCACAGACAGAGCUUUUGAUAAAACAACCAUUCCACCUCUGUGCUUGCCCCUCCCCUGUCAACACAUGUGUGACAGAAAUACUGCUCCCUAGGUACAUUGAUUUUUUUUCCCUUUUAAAUCUCUCUUCAGUCUCCAGUUUCAUGUUAUUCUCUGCUGUGGGUGGAUACAACCUCCCACUAUUCCAGUUCUCCACUGCACUGAGACUAGCGAUAGCUACAGCCUCCCCUUUUGUCAGUAUGUUUCCAUGUCAUCCUGCGCUAUGGGUAAUGGAAAAGUCCAGGCACUCCAUUCUCCCUCCCCAUCUCUCCACUGGAGAUGAACACACCAUUUCCUCCUCCUCCUGUCUCUGUGGGGACUGGACACAGAGCCCACUCUCUUAAGCCUUCCCGUGCACUGGGGGACCCUGAGAGUUACUGAGACUUGUCUUCCCUUUCAUCAUUCUCUCUUUUUCUCCCCUCCUCCUCCUUGGCAACAGGGACAGACAUAUCCAGCCACAUAUCCAUUCCUCUCUGGCUUAGGGGUGAGCAGGUAGAAAGGGGUUUUUGCUCCUCUCUACCUGGGGGACAUGAGGAAGAAUCUCCAGCUUCAUUUCUGCUUCAUUUGAGAUACUGUGACCUGUUUUUAUUUUGAAAUGCAUAAAAAAAAUUACUGCUACAAAAACAGCCUCUUACUCUCCCAUCUAUCCCUUGCUUACAUCCUGUAAUUGAUCCCAGUUUUCCUCACUCAUUCUCCCCUUUACAGUAUUCAUUUUCUUACAUGGUUUUAUUUUUAAAGACAUGAAGUUGCUGUUCUUGUGGAUUUUUAAGUACUUUUUUUUCUGCUGAAUAUAUUCUAUAUAUAUAAAUAUAUAUAUGAUGUCUGGCUA